AUGCUGCGUCUGCCAGAACCAGGGCGCCUCGGUCCGCUGCCAUCACCGCAGAUGCUCCCGCACCUUCCACUUCCCCUGCGGAAGAGAACGCGGCUGCAUCUCCCAGUUUUUCGGAGAAUACAGGUGAGUGCAGGCACCCGCGGGGCUGCAGGAUGGAUGGGGCAGGAGCUGAGCUGCCACCUCCAUCCAUCCUGCAGGUCCUUCUGCUGGCAGCACCGGCCGACCCAGCAGGUGAGGCCACUGCAACAGGAGAACCCGCAGUGUGCCGUCUGCUUGGAGGCGGUGGAGGGACGCCCCACCUACACCACCCUGGUCUGUCCCUCCUGCACCGGCGCUCAGUUCCACCGCCAGUGCAUCCAGGCCCAAGCUCUGAGCGCUGCCCUGCACCACUUCCGCUGCCCGCUCUGCCAGGACAUGCAGACCUUCCAGGCAGAGAUGUUCCGCCUCGGCAUCAAAAUCCCAGACAGGUCAGCACCCACCGCCCUGCCACCGCCCGCCCCCCCCUCCACCUCCCCUCGCACUGCACUCAGCUGUCCUGGGCUCCCUCCCACAGGGAUGCGGCCUGGGAGGUGGAAGAGGGAGCCUACCAUGAGCUGUACCAGCAGCACAGCUCCUGUGACACCGGCCUGUGCCUGUGCCCACUCGGAAGGGACUAUUCUGAGAACACAGGGUGAGUGA